AUGGGAUCAGAGAAACCACUCAAGAUAGUCGUAAUCGGAGCAGGAUCGACAGGCCUUCUCCUUGCUCAAGGCCUGAAGCAGAACGGAAUCGAAUGCGCGGUCUACGAGAGAGAGGAUUCUAGCACAUAUCAGACUCGCCCUCGCGAGUGGGGCAUGACACUCCAUUGGGGUGCCUCUUAUAUCUCAAAAUGCAUUCCUCCAGAACUCCGGCCGCUGCUGAAUGAGGGUAUCUGCUGUGAUCCAUUCUACGGCGAAAAAGAUCUGACUCUACCUCAUUACAACGCGAAAACCGGGGAAAAGCUCUUCGACAUGCCGGGGGAAGAGCCAAGACGGAUAUCGAGGAAGAAGUUGAGGAAUUUCUUAAGUCAAGGUAUUUCUGUCCAGUAUGGCAAGCAACUCUCUACUAUUGAGCCUGGCCCAGAUGACAUGGUCGUGGCGACCUUUGCCGACGGCACAAAGGUGUCUGGUGACCUCAUUGUGGGCUGCGACGGGGCGAACUCCAUCGUGCGCAAAUAUCUCGUCGGCGAUGAGGCCGCUCAGGUGGAGGACCUUGAUAUUCAGAUGUUUAACGUCAGCUGCUCUUUUCCCAAGGAGACCGCUUUGCUUCAACGAAUGGGCCAUCCGGUCUUUAAAAACAGCUACCAUCCUGACGGGUUCAUGUGGUGGCAGUCCAUCCAGGAUGUCAAAGACCCGGAUCGGCCUGAAACCUGGUUGUUCCAAAACUGUCUAUCAUGGAUUGGCACACCUCGUGGUGAAGACCUCCCUGAUCCUGCGGCUCGGUUGAAAUUUUGGCGAGAGAAGGCUGCUGCGUUCGCCGAUCCCUGGCGGACGGUCGGUAAAGAUCUCCCGGAAGAUUUGCCUAUCGUAGUGGACCGCACUACUGUCUGGCGACCCACAAUGGACUGGUCUGAGACGGAAUUCGGAGGUCGAGUCACGAUUGCUGGCGAUGCUGCUCAUGCAAUGCCUCCACAUCGGGGCCAAGGACUGAACAACGCCCUUGAAGAUGCUGCAAGGCUCGUGGACGAGCUUGUGGUGGUUAAGAAUGGGGGAAAGAGCCUGAGAGACGGUGUCGCGGCUUACGAGAAGGACAUGAAGGACCGGACGCUUGUUGAAAUCCCAAUCUCCAUUGCACAAGCCCAAAUGGUACACAGUUUCGACACGCUGAUGGACGCUCCAUUCUUUAAACAUGGAAUGAACAAGUACCGAGAAGACAUGGAGGCCAAGGGUCAGGAAAUCGAAGUCGCGACAGCGCCAGCACCGAUCGUCUAG